AUGGUUCUGGUUCCUCAAGGGCCGGGACUCACCCUUCUCAGCGUCUCCAUCACCUUCCUGGCUUUGUCGUGGGUUUUUGUAGCGGUGCGCUUUGCCGUUCGGUACAGGAAAAGAUGCAUUGGUGCUGAUGACUGGCUCAUGGCUGCGGGUUUAGUUCUGUUCACUAUUCAAUCCGUGACAACAAUCGAGGGGGCCUACAAUGGAGUCGGGGCUCGUGACUAUCGGUUGACGCCAGAGCUGAACAAAAAAGGUCGCAAGAGACAGUGGUUCUUAUUGUUUCAACUCUUCUAUGUUACGAGCACUGUUCCUAUAAAAGGCUCAAUCUGUGUUAUGCUGCUUCGCAUCACUCCAUUCACAGUCUACCAGAGAAUUCUCCACGGUGUCAUGGCCUUUAGUCUACUUUCUGCACUCAUUGUCGACAUUGCUUUUCUGACGCGAUGCCAGCCUAUUUCUGCGACAUGGGAUCCAAAGGCUGGGAGAUGCGCAAACCAAUCGGUCGUCACUAGUAUCAGUUAUUUCAUCUCUGCCUCGACUAUUGUGACUGAUUGGUCAUGUUCUAUCUUGCCGAUCUUUAUUCUACGACAUGCCCGAAUGCCGCGGAGGAUGAAGGCUUCUAUUGGAAUUAUUCUGGCACUGGGAGCUGUAGCAAGCACUGCAAACAUCGUUCGAUUCAAAUAUGUACUUGCGUACGAAGAUACCGUUGAUUACCUUUAUGGAAUUGCCGAUAUUGCAACCUGGUCAAUGGUUGAAUCAGGCACAGGGAUCGUGGCUGGAUCGCUGCCUCCCAUGGCACCUCUGAUCAAACAUAUCCCUAUAAUCGGCGUCGGUUUUGCCAAUGUUGCCCGAGGUCAAGAUACCAUAAACUUCGGCUCAACGAACCUAAGACAACUUGACACGAGUAUGCAUACUAUCGAGAACUCCUCUGCAUUGCCUGGAAAUGUAAUAUGUAACGAAAGGACACAGUAG